AUGAAAAGCUACCUGUACGCUCUGCUUGCGCUGCUCGCCGUCAGCCAACUUGGAUUGGCCAACGAGGAAAAUACGGCUCGUCUGCUGGUUUCGAAGCACAUUUUGAACAAAUAUCUGGUAGAAGCACGUGAUAUUGUUGUAAAGUACACGCUGUACAACGUUGGAUCCGGUCCCGCCGUGAACGUUCACUUGGUGGACAAUGGAUUCCAUCCGGAAGUAUUCGAAGUGGUCGGCGGGCAACUGUCCGCCUCGAUUGAUCGCAUUGCGCCACAGACCAACGUAACGCACAUCGUUGUUGUGCGGCCGAAAACGUACGGAUAUCUUAACUUCACCGCCGCCGAGGUUAACUACAUGGCGACGGAAGAUGCGGCUGAACCUCAGUUCACCAUCAGCUCGGAACCGGGCGAGGGUGCCAUUGUGGCCGAAGCACAGUUCAACAAGCAGUUCAGCUCGCACUAUCUGGACUGGCUGGCGUUUGCCUUGCUGACGCUGCCCUCUCUCGCCAUCCCGUACGCGAUGUGGUACAGCUCAAAGUCAAAGUACGAAGCGAUGGGCAAGUCGGCCAAGAAGGCGAACUAA